UAGCUACGCCGGAAGAGACAUUGAAUCUAAGAAGAGCAAAAAUUGAUUCUCCAAACAAAACAUAACAAACUUAGGAGGAAAACGAGGAGGGAAAAUACAAAAGCAAAAUAUGACGUUCACUCUUUCCUGUCCAUUUCCACAGAUUAAACGUGCUCCCCAAGCUCCUCUUCCUCCCUCCUUGUUUAUAAAACCAACCCCUCAUCCUUUUCUGCAACACAAUCACAUUCGACCGAAAAUCAACACACAGAUAGAGAGAGUAGCUUCGGAUUUGAAGGUUGCGGGUGUUUUUGCGGCCUUCAAACUAAUACUGAGGAGCUAAUAUCGCCUAAUCCUCUAUUUACUUAUAAAAUAACAAAGAGAGCGAAAGAGAGUUAGAGAGAGAAGGAGCAACAUGGCUGAGCGCAAUAACUCAGGAGAAGAUGAAGGAAGCAUUCAUUUGCAAAUUGACGAGCUUCUUCACCGACGCCUCAACGAAACAAGCAGCGCCACGUUCAGCACAAUGUUCGAGCCUCAGAGCAGCAUUGAGAAGAGAGACAGCAGCGCAGCAGCCUCCGUUUCUUCUCCAACUGCACAACCAGUUCCAGCACCAGAGAAAAAACUGACCCUUUUUGCGCUCCGCCUAGCAGUGCUCGAAAAGGUAGCAACCGGCCUAGGAACCCUCGGGUUCAUCUGGGCAACGGUGGUUCUGCUAGGCGGUUUCGCCAUUGAAUUAGACCAGACCGACUUCUGGUUCAUCACAAUCAUUUUGCUGAUAGAAGGGACACGAAUCUUCAGCAGGAGCCACGAGCUUGAGUGGCAGCACCAGGCCACAUGGUCCAUAACCGAGACUGGAAUCAACAGCUUUCGCGCACUGCAGAUCAGCUCAAGCUCCGUGAUCCACACCAUUAGAGCAGUUUUCAGGCCUGUGCAGAACCUUGCUGUCAGGAAACAAAGCCAACACAGCAGAGACAUUGCGAGGACUAAUGACAAUUUGGCGUUUUCUCGGAACUCUGAUCUUCAGGGGAAGAUAGACCGGACUUGGACAAGCUCGGAAGUCCCUCUCCUGCCUUGUGCACAAUGGAUUUUUCGCGCGAGGCAUAUAAGUAAGCUGCUCUACUGGCUCCAGCUCCUGUCCGCCUCAUCAUGUGUGGCUCUUUCGCUCGUGAAGCUCGUGAACCACAACUAUGGAGAGGUUGAAAAGGGGAGCACUAACAAGAGCAACAGGCAUUUUGCUCUGAGUAUUUUUUAUUCGUUAGCAUUGGCGGAAGCUCUGUUGUUUCUCAUGGAGAAAGCUUACAGUGAGUUUAUGAUAAGCUGUUGUAAAUUGUUGGAGGAGGUGAACAAAGAGUGUGAUUUGGGGCCUUCGGGGUUGGUCACGAUUAGGAGAUUUUUUUAUGACGCGUAUUCAAGGUGUGUGAAUGGAAGCAUUUUUGAUGGACUGCAGAUGGAUAUGGUUACUUUUGGAAUGGACUUAUUGGGCUCGAAUUCCACCGACGAACAGCUCAUUGGAGCAAAAAUUCUUCGACAGUUUUCAAUGAACCGGCGGUAUUCAGAUGAUACAUUGCAGAAGAUUGGUAUUAAUAUUGCAGUGAUUGAACGAUUGGUUGAGAUACUGAAUUGGACAGAUCAAGAGGAGGAGGAAAUCAGACGGUCAGCAGCAGAGAUUUUGUCGAAACUGGCUGGCAAAAAGCAGAACUCCAUUCGAGUAGCUGGAGUUCCUGGCGCAAUGGAAUCAAUCUCAUCUCUGCUCCAAACAUGCAGGAACUCAAGUGGUGCAGCUGAUGAGAUCAGUGAGAAGAGGAUCAUUUCUGACCACGCAAACUACGGAUUCUUGACAUUCAAUCAUUUGGGAUUGCUUAUUCUGAAGAAACUUGCCCGUGUCCACGACAACUGUGGGAAGAUUGGGAACACGAGAGGCCUCCUGCCAAAGAUCAUAGAUUUUACACAUGCCGACGAGAGGAUCCUAAAAGAAGUGACUGUUAUGCCAAACGAUCAGAUACUGACGCUGAAACGAUCCCUCCAGUUGGUGAAGAGGCUUGCAAACACGACCGGCAACACAGGAAAGAAUCUGAGGAGAAAUCUUUCGGAGAUAGUUUUCACUAUCAGCAAUAUCAGAGAAAUUCUGAGAUAUGGAGAGAAACAGCCAAUGCUGCAACAAUUGGGAAUUGAAAUCUUAACAAGUUUGGCGCUGGAAGAGGAGGCAACCGAGAGAGUAGGGGGAACAGGUGGAGUUCUUAAGGAGUUAUUCAAAAUUUUCUUCAACAAGGGAAUGCUGAAGAAUGAUAAAGAAGUGAGGAUCAAAGCCGGAGAAGCACUGGCUAUGCUGGUUUUGGAGAGCAAGAAUAACUGUCAGCGGAUAUUAAAAUUGGGGGUGCUUGAAAGCCUCGUUGAAGCUCUAGAGGUUCGACCGGUUAGCGUGCAUGCUGCUAGGAUUCUGAGGAAUUUGUGCACCUACAAUGGCUCGAACUGUUUCCACCAGCUAAAGGGGAUUACAAAUGCAGCACCUACAGUGCUUCGAGCAAUUACUUCAGAAGAACACAAACUGCAGGAAGUAAUGGUAGGACUAGCUGCGCCGGUUCUAGCAUUCUUGUCUCCCGAAGAAUCAAGCCUCAUGUUUAAGAAAGCCGAAAUUACUGAGGCAGAAGUGGCUAAUGAACUAGUUCAGAUCCUGAAGAAGUACAGGCAUCCACCAAUCAAAGUUCCAAGAAUAAGGAGGUUUGCCAUAGAACUGGCAAUCUGGAUGAUGAGAGACAAACCGGAAAAUGUUCACAUUUUCAGGACUUUGGAGAUGGAAAAGGAGCUGGAUUUUGUGCUGGACACAACUGCAGAGCUCGAAAGCUUCAGCACUUUCUCUGGUACCGUAGGAAUGAGCCGGCAUAGCACGACGGUCCAUUCAUUGGUAGAGACUGCAUUGGAGUUGCUAGCUGAAGGGUCAACUGAUGCAGCGUAAUGCAGUACUAAAUCAAAUUCAUUACAUAUGUGGGAAUCCAAUAAUCUUUAAGUUAAUCACUUCGCUUAACACAUAAUUAAAUUCUUUUAUUUUUUGGAUAAAGCCUUUUGUACUGUAAUCUGUAGAUUUGAUUAUAUUAUACUAUCAACAUUCAAAUGUCUACUUAAUUGAGGAAGUUGUUGCCUUCUGUCA